UCAAAGCAAGCGUCAGUUUGACAUAGCACCGGAAGUCGAAAGCGGCAGCUCACAAAAAAUUAGCAUUGAACAGAGCAAGAGCCGGAUAGCAAGAGCCCCAAACUUUUCCGCAGAUAACCAGCAAGAGGGAUAAUCUAAUCCAAUCCAGUCACGAUGUCGGAUCGCAAGGCGGUGAUCAAGAACGCGGACAUGAGCGAGGAGAUGCAGCAGGACGCUGUCGACUGCGCCACCCAGGCCCUGGAGAAGUACAACAUCGAGAAGGACAUCGCCGCCUUCAUCAAGAAGGAGUUCGACAAGAAGUACAACCCCACCUGGCACUGCAUCGUGGGCCGCAACUUCGGAUCCUAUGUGACCCACGAGACGCGCCACUUCAUCUACUUCUACCUGGGCCAGGUGGCCAUUCUGCUCUUCAAGAGCGGUUAACCGAACCACGACGCCUGGGAUGCCUGGGACGCCCGGGACGCCCCUAUACUGCGGCGCCCACCGAUGUUUUCCGGAGGAGGUCGCCGAACACUCGUUCCUUGUCAACUCGCACACACACACGCGCAAACUCUCACACACACAUGCACACAUGCA